AUGGUGCUGGGGCCGGGAGGCGACGCGUGGCACCCGGCGAAUCGCAAGGUGAAGGUGAGCGUGUUUGUGCGCGAGCUGCAGCUGUCGCGCCUGGCCAGGGAGCGCCUGCUCGCGCUGGUGGGGCGGCGCUACAAUGCCCACCGCGACGAGCUCACCAUCGUCAGCGAGAGGUACCGCCACCGGGAGGAGAACCGCAAGGACGUGUUUCGCAUUCUGCAUGCGCUGAUCGCCGAGGCAAAGAAAGCAGACCAGCUCGCAGCUCAGGCAGCGGCUGAAGCUGCUUCUGUCACACGCUCACAGGCCCCCUCCCUGGCAUAG